AUGGCAACAGGAACAGCAACUGGUAAAGCACGAUGCACAUUUUGUUAUGAGCAUGUUGCUGAUCAUCGUCAACAAUUGAGUAAUCAAUUUGAUGGAAUUGAAAUUAAUCGUGAUGUCUUACGACUAAUACUUACAGAUCAAAUACGAGAAGCAGAAAAAUAUCCAUUAAUACAACAAAUUGAUAAAUGGGAACAUGAUUCAAUUAAUAUAAUUAAACGUACAGCAGAAGAGGCAAAACAACAAUUAAUAAAACUUACUGCUACACAUUUUACUGACAUUGAAGUUAAAUUAAACAAAUUGACUAAUCAAUUACGAGAAAGUCGACGAGAAGAUGAUUUUGUUGAAACAGAUCUUUAUCAGUGGAAUGAUGAAUUAAAAAAACUAAAAGAACAACUUGAUAAACCACCAAAUAUCGUAGUUAGACAAGAUGCGAUACCAUUUGUCAAUAAACUCUGUAUUGGUAUAUCAGCACAACUAUACAUUCCAACUAUUGAUAUUAACACAAAAUGGAUACGAAAUGGUGUUGUAGUAUGUGGAGGAAAUGGAUCCGGCACUAGAUUUGAUCAAUUAGAUGGACCAUACAGUUUAUUCAUUGAUGAUGAUGAUAAUGAAUGUAUGUAUAUUGCUGACCACGAUAACCAUCGUAUUGUCAAAUGGAAAAAUGGUUCAGCAGGUGGCCAAGUUGUUGCUGGUGGAAAUAAACAAGGAGAUAGACAUAAUCAACUAUCAAAUCCAAAAGAUGUCAUUAUUGAUAAAGAAACUGAUUCUCUUAUUAUUUGCGACUAUGGAAACAAACGGGUAGUUCAAUGGCCUCUUCAAGAUGGUACUCGUGGAAAAAUAAUUAUCUCAGAUAUUGCAUGUUAUGGAAUAGUAAUGGAUAAUAAUGGACAUAUCUAUGUUUCUGAUUAUAUUAAACAUGAAGUGAAACGAUGGAAAAUGGGAGAAACAGAGGGAAUAGUAGUAGCAGGUGGAAAUGGAGAAGGAAAUCGUCUUGAUCAGCUAAACAAUCCUACCUAUAUUUUUGUUGAUAAAGAUCAGUCUGUGUAUGUAUCUGACGAGAGCAACCAUCGUGUUAUGAAAUGGAUGAAAGAUGCUAAACAAGGUAUCGUUGUUGCUGGUAAUCAUGGACGAGGAAAUAAACUAAAACAAUUGUCCAAUCCAAGUGGUGUAGUUGUCGAUCAGUCAGGUACUGUGUACGUAGCUGACUAUAAAAAUGAUAGAAUAAUGCGUUGGUUUAAAGAAACUCCGCUAGGUGAUAUCGUUGUUGGUGGAAGAGGAUGGGGAAACACAGCAAAUCAAUUCAACGGCCCUCGAAAACUAUUAUUUGAUCGACAAGGAAAUCUCUAUGUUGUUGAUUAUUGGAACAAUCGAGUGCAAAAAUUCUAUAUUUUUUCAAAUACCAAUAUCUAA